AUGCGAUCGUUAACUUCAGUUUAUCUUUCGCUAUUGUGUACUUGGUUUAUUAUGUCGGUUAAUAGUACAUCUCAUUUUGAUCCGAAUGAUCUUGAUUGGUCUAUUCGCCCUACAGAUGAUUUUUUUACAUUUACUAAUGGUCGUUGGAUGAAUCGAACAGUUAUUCCACCAUCUCAAAUACAAUGGGGGAGUAUUUAUACAAUGACAUAUGAAACUUUACAUAAAUUAAAAGGUAUCUUAGAUGGUUUAACAAAUAAUGGAACAUCAGAAGCACCACAUCCAGUUGAUUCAUUACAACGUAAACUUGCUGAUUUAUAUUUAUCUGGUCUUGAUGAACAAGCUAUUGAACAACUUAAUAUUGAACCUUUAAAAGAAAUAUUAAUUCAACUUGAAAAUGUAAAUACAUAUCAAGAAUUAAUUCUAUUUGUUCUUAAUUGGUAUAAGAAAACGAAUAUUGGUCUAAUAUUUGAAUUUGAUGUUUUUGCUGAUGAUCGAAAUACAUUAGUUAAUAUCGCCAGUUGGAAACAAAAAGGUCUUGUACUUCCUGAACGUGAUUAUUAUUUUCGUAAUGAUGUUAGAUCAAAAGAUAUUCGUGUUAAUUAUAUAAAUUAUAUUGAUCGUCUUCUUAAUUUAACAAAUCAUAUUGUAAAUAAAACAACGAAUUCAAUGGAUGCCGAAGAUGUUUUAACACUUGAAGCACAAUUAGCUGUUUCACAUCGUUCACCUGCUGAAUUACGUGAUCCAGAAAAAAAUUAUGCAAAAUAUACAGUUGAUGAACUUGAUCGUAUGAUGCCAAAUCUUGGUUGGCAUCGUAUAUUUAAUGUAUUAGAAAUAGUAAAUCAAACUGUUGUUGUAUCACAAUUAGAUUAUUAUCAAUCAUUAGAAAAAUUAAUUGUUAGUCAAUCAUUGAAUACAUGGAAAAAUAAGAUUCGUUUUACAAUUUUACAUAAAAUGGCAAAUUAUUUAAAUAAAGAUUUUGUUAAAGCUCGAUUUUAUAUGUUUGAUCAUAUUAUUUAUGGUAGAUUAGAAGAUAAACCAAAAUGGAUGAAAAUUAUUGAAAAUAUCAAUGACUAUAUUGGAGAAUCAUUAGGACAGCUAUAUGUUGAAAUGUAUUUUUCUAGUUCAGCUAAACAACGUACAUUAAAACUAGUUCAUCAUAUAAUUGAGGUUUAUCGUGAACGUCUUAUGCGUAAUGAAUGGAUGAGUGAUAAAACAAAAGAAAAAGCAAUAAAAAAAUUAGAUAAAGUAACUACACAAAUAGGUUAUCCAUCUGAAUGGAAAACUUAUGAUACUAUUCAUAUGAAUCGACGAUCUUAUUUUGAUUCAAUAUCGAGUAUAUUUGAAUAUACAUAUAGAAAAAAAAUUAAUGAUUUACAUAAACCAGUUGAUAGAAAUGAAUGGAUAUUUUUCUCACCACAAACAGUCAAUGCAUAUAAUUCUGAAUUAUUUAAUUCCAUUAAUUUUCCAGCUGCUAUUCUUCAAGAUCCAGUUUUUAUAUUUGAUGCCGAUGAUGCAAUCAAUUAUGGCGCAAUGGGUGCUGUCGUUGGUCAUGAAUUAACACAUUCAUUUGAUGAUAAAGGUAGAAAAUACGAUGAAAAUGGUAAUCUUUUUUCAUGGUGGGCACCAGAAGAUAUCAAUGAAUUUAAUUCUCGUACAAAACUUAUUAUUGAUCAAUAUAGUAGCUUUAAUGUUUCUGGUACAUCUGUUAAUGGACUUUUAAGUUUAGGAGAAAAUCUUGCUGAUCUUGGUGGUCUUGAAGUAGCAUACGAAGCAUUUCUACAAACUGAUCAAGCUAAAGCUGGAAUACCAAUUGAUGGUUUGACACCAAAUCAACGAUUUUUCUUAUCUUAUGCACGUCUAUCAAGAAUAAAAAGAACCGAAGCAUCAACUUUUACUUUACUUAAAACAGAUGAACAUCCACCAGCUAUAUUACGUGUCAAUGCACCAUUAUCAAAUAUGAAGGGAUUUUAUGAAACUUUUAAUGUAUCGAAAACAGAUGAAAUGUAUCGAGAACCUUCUAAACGUGUUCUUAUUUGGUGA